AUGGGUGGUGACCCUGUUGCCUAUGGCACCAUCUUCGCUUCCUCUGAUGGGAAGAUGGUCAUGCAGAACCUCAAUGGCCGCCUGGCCAGUUAUAUAGACAAAGUCCGAUUGCUGGAGGUGGAAAAUGCUGCUCUUGAGUCCAGCAUCAGUGAUUUCUAUGCCAAGGAAGGGCUUGCUGGUGAACCGAAGGACUACGACCACUAUUACCACCAAAUCCAGGAGCUUAACGACCAGAUUAUCUGCACAACUGCAGAGAACAACCAGAUUCUUCUCAAGAUUGACAAUUAUUGCAUGAAUCUUGAAGAUGUGAGACAAAAGUUUGAGACUGAAUGUAGCAUCCAUGAGAACGUAGAGGCUGACCUUAAGACCUUGUACCCCAUUUUUGACGAACUGUCCAACUGUAAGGCUGACCUGGAAACCAAGCUUGAGACUUUGCAAGGAGAGCUGCGUGCUCUCAAGACAACCCGUGAGGAGAAAUUAAUCUGUCUGAAGAAACGAGCAGGUGACGCCAGCAUGGAAGCCGGUACCUGCCCUGGCCCAGAUCUGAGGAAAAGCCUGGAGGAGAUGAGGCGCAAGUACGAAGCGAUGAUAGACGCAAAUCGCAAGGAGAGCGCCCAGUGGUUUGAAGGCGAACUGGAAGAGGCCAGCCAGGAAUUCUGUAGCCAGGAAGCAGAGGAUGGCGACCGUAAAGUCACCGAUCUGAAAUGCCGGCUGCGGGCUUUCAAGAUUGAUCUUCAAGCACAGUGCAGUCUGAGGGACACACUGCAAGUGUCAUUGGCUGAAGUUGAACGUCGCUUCCAUGCCCAGCUAGCCAAAAUUCAGGACCAGGUUGCCUGCACGGAGCAGCAGCUGGCAGAGCUGCGCCUGGAAACAGAAGGCCAGGAUGCAGAAUACAAAGAGCUCCUGGAUGUCAAGAACCGGCUGGAGCAAGAGAUUCAGACAUACCGCGGCCUGCUAGAAGGCGGCCAGCCGGACAAUGGGUGCGGCAAAGCUGACUACUUCCACCCAGGGCUGGAAGUAAACACAGCCCAGAUGAACCUGGUGGAAGAAGACAAGGAAGCACAACCAGGAGGUGGCUCAGUUCCAGUUGGGAAGCCACAGCCUUGA